AUGUCAAGUUCUGAUAAAAGUGAUCAAGUCUUGGCAACUGCCUUACAAAGAAGAAAGAGAAAGAGAGAUAGUGCAGCUACGUCAAAACCACAAACAGAAGACAGGCAAAAAAAACAGAGAAAGAAGCCACCACAAACAGAAGACAGGCAAAAAAAACAGAGAAAGAAGCCUCCACAAACAGAAGACAGGCAAAAAAAACAGAGAAAGAAGCCUACAACAAAACGAACAAAGAAGGGGAAGGAAGUAGAAGAAGACAAACCAAAAACAAAGAAAUACUUUACUGUUCGAACAACUCCUAAGCAGUUGUUCACCCUUGUCAGUAGUUUAACCGAGGAUCAGCAUCAAGCCGUAAAGGAUAUAGGAUUUGGACCAUUACUGGACAUCAAGCUGACUCAUUGUGAUGGUGUGCUAAUCAAGCACAUAUUAAAGAAAAUGGGCAUAGAACGAUGCUCCAUUGAAAUUGGAGAUGGUGAUGAUGAGCUGUGUUUGUCAGAGGAUGAUGUACAGUCUACACUUGGACUCCCGCGGGGCAAACUCCCUGUCGUAGAGGGCACUUCUAGUAAUGAGACUGAAGGAUUCAACACUUUGGUCAGGGAUUGGAGACUGAGAUGGGGGGUAGAGAAGGGAACCCCAACAACCACUGAAAUGCUAAACAAGAUUGUCGAGAGACAAGACAGUGGUGACAUGUUCAAGCGUGACUUUGUCAUCUUCGUGGUUACAACACUAAUAAGGGGUUACAAGAACACUUUCUGCAAUUACAGGAUUCUAUACUCACUGCAAGAUGUGAGUAAAAUCAAAGAAAUGAAUUGGUGUGCUUACACCAUAAAGAGUCUGCUAGACAUUGCAGAGACCUGGAAAUCAAACAAUGAUUCCUCAUACAGUGGCCCUGCAACUUUCCUAAUGCUUUCUUACCUUGAUCGAGUCCAGAUCAGGGGGCUUGUUCUCACACAGAACCCUCCAACCAUUAGAGAAUGGACAACAAAAGACAUUAAAGCAACGCUUGCAAUGCAUAGGAAGCCAGGGAAGUAUGGUAGAGGAAAGGUGAUCGAUAGAAGGCCAAUGCCUGAGGAGGAAGUGACUCAUAAACCAAUUGAGUCUGAAACUGUGCAACGAGUCACUGACUCACUGAAGAAAAUGACUUCCAGUAUUGCAGAGUUUGGAGAAGUCAUGGCAGGAAUUGGAACCAACAAUUCAGCAGCUGAAAUCAUAAAGAACACUUUUGUCAACUUCUCCCACACUGUCAAUCCAACACCAAGUCCAAAUCCAACCCCACCGGUCCCACCCGAGAGCCUGCUAAAAGAUGAUGAUGUCUUCAACGAGCCAAGCUUCUUAGAGGCAGUCGCUGAACUUGAAGCUGCCUUCUAUGCAACCAUGAGGAACAUCUCUCCUGAAAUCAAUGCACCUUCUUUCCAGCUGUUAACUCCGACACCAUCACCACCACAUUUUGAAAAUCCACAAGCAGCAACAACAUCACCAGCAGAAACAACAGCACCAGCAGCAGCAUCACAUGCAGCAGCACCAGCAACAACAGCACCACCACAUGCCGCAGCAACAACAACAAAAUCACCAGCAGCAACAUCGCAUGCACCAACAACAGCAAUCUCAUCCCCAAGGAGGCGAUCACAAAGAGGAAAAUCAGCCCAGCCUUCACUGGAGAAGACCCCACCACCACCAACACAGAGAUAA